AUGUCUACCGCCAACACCAACCCCAGCAACUUCGCCAAUCUUCCCACGGAAGAAGUUAAGGCGAUCGCCAGCAUGGGCGGCAAGGCCAGUCACAAAGGUGAUACCGAGACUACUGGCGAAGACCACAAGGACGCCACCACCACCGACGGCCGUGCUCCAGAUGGGACAUUCCUGCCAGGCUCGGAGGUUGCUAAGGAAGCAGGCCACAAGGGCGGCUUGCACAGCCAUGACCAUGACGGGGCUGCGAAGGACGAGAAGGACGUCGGCCGCAAUCCCGAUGGUACUUUUACCAAAGGCUCGGAGGCUGCGAAGGAAGCUGGGCAUAUCGGUGGUAUGCACAGUCACGGCAACAGUGGUCUCGCCGAGGAGGAGCAGGAUUCCGGACGCAACGAAGAUGGGACGUUCAAGAAGGGCUCGGAGGUCGCGAAGCAAGCGGGCCAUAAUGGUGGUGUUGCGGCUGCUGCUGCCCACUAG